CUCCGACCAGCCUAGGUACAUGUAGUAGGAGCACGAUUUACACUCUUCCUUGAUCUUCCAGUCGUUACUCAACCAUCUCGUCAAGAACAAUGUCUCAGCAGCAGCGACAGUACGAGAUUGUGGUAUUCGGCGCGACCGGUUACACUGGCAAAUAUACUGCUGAGCAUGUCGCCAGACAGCUUCCGACGGACCUCAAAUGGGCGAUAGCAGGCAGGACAGAGAGCAAGCUGCGAGCCGUGGCGGAUGAGCUACGUGUCGCAUACCCGGACCGCGUGCAGCCUGGUAUUGAGAUCUCUCAACUCAACAAGAACGACUUGACAGAGCUGGCGAAGAAGACAAAAGUGCUCAUCUCGACUGUUGGCCCUUUCCAUAAAUAUGGCGAGGCCGCGUUCGCGGCUUGCGCAGAGACCGGCACGCACUAUCUGGACUGCACUGGCGAAGUGCCGUGGGUGUACGACAUGACUGCGAAGUAUCACGCCCUGGCCAAGAAGAAUGGAGCCAUCAUGAUUCCACAGAAUGGCGUCGAGAGCGCACCCACCGACUUGAUCUGCUGGGCCUUGGUCACUCAUAUUCGCGAGACGCUGCAUGUCGGCACCACGGAGCUGAUCGAUACCAUUUACGACCUGAACGGAACCCCAAGUGGUGGAACUCUGGAUACCGUUCUCACUUUGUUCGACUCGUAUGGACUGAGCCAUCUCGCGAAGAGCAUGUCCCCAUAUUCGCUGUCUGUCUGUCACAACAACCCAUCUCAUCCGAGCAGGCCAUUCCUAGAGCAACUGACCGGACUGAGAACAGUCCCGGAUCUAGGUCUUCUCACGGACAGCAUUCAGGGCCCUAGCGACAUUCCAAUCGUCAACAGGACCUGGAGUCUCUAUGACAAUGGCAACUAUUAUGGUCGCAAGUUCAAGGUCAACGCCUACAUGAAAGCCCGGAAUAGUCUGCAAGGAUUUCUGAUACAUCUUGCGUUGACCUUCGGUAUGGUAGCGCUUUUGCUACCGCCUGUGCGAUGGGCUGUAAAGAAGUUUGUUUACCAGCCAGGAGAAGGGUUGGGCAAAGAAGAAGCAAGCAAGGAGUAUUGCGAAUGGAGAGCAAUAGCCAAUGCGGAUGUUUCGGAUGAGAACGAUCCCAAGCGAGCCCAUGCUCGUAUGCGCUGGAACGGCAGCAUGUAUGACUUGACGGGUGUCUUCCUCGCUGAAGCUGCCGUCACCAUCGCACGCGACAACACGUUUGCACAUGAGCUGGGCGGAGGUGUGCUGACGCCUGCGACGCUUGGCUCUGCGUACCUGGAGCGCUUGCAGAAGGCCGGACUGAUCCAUGAGAUCAGAACGCUGCCCUAAUGGAUCAGCUGUCAUUUGGUAUACAUGGUCGCCGCGUAUUGGGGCGGUCUAAAUGCGGGAACGGGAGACGACACGAGCCUUCCGCGCUGUUUGUUUGUCCACUCCGCUCAGUCCGACUCCGUCACUCCGCUGUUCACCGCCAUUAUCGCCACACUGCUCGUACUGCACAGUACAUUAUCCAACUCAUUACACAGGGUUCCGUGGGCAAUCGAAACCGCUGGUUGGCCGCACGCUAGGAGGUACAUGUUUUUUUCAAGGUCUGGAGUUUAGCCUUUCAACCAAUACCAAGAGAAGUUUAUGGACUUGCUGUCAUCAGAUCAUUCGACGUCCAUCAGCGACGCGCCACCCGUGUACUCGACUCUCGACGUAGGAUCGUAAAUCCCGCUGCUAGUUCACUCUGUUCCGUGUUGCUAGGAGUGGCAUCUUCACUAGCUCAAGGCAAACUACUCCACUUCCAUCAUCGGGUAUGAAUAGACAAACACAGCCACUCUUUC